GCAGGUCCGGAGGGUACCUGGUGUCGUCUGUCCCGGCAGCCGCAUCCCCCCGUCCCCUCCCCAGCUAGGGGAGGGCUCUGGGGGCUGCCCUGCUCCCUCCCUCCCCGCUGGCCCUGCUGGAGGAGAGGGGCUGGCAGCCCCGGGCAGGGAGGCAGCUGAUCUCAGCACCUCGGUGGCGGCUCCGGGGGCUGGCAGGGGAGGGGGCGGCGGAGCCCUGCAUCACUCCCAUCGCUCGCUCGCUCGCUGCCGGCUGGGCUCGGGCUGGGAACACGAUGCGUCAGCAGGACCUCCGCGAUGCUGCUGAAGGACAAAAGGAUGUGAGAGCAACCGGCACCGCUAGCUGCCGGGGCCGCUAGCCGCCAACCGUGCCCAUGCGCCCGGGCUCCGGGGCUGCCACCGCUGCGCCGCCUCCUCCUCCGCCUCCUCCUCCCCGCACCGUUGCUGCAGUCGACGGGCAACAAAGGCGUUAGCGGCAUCCGCUGCACCGGGGGAGCCCCACCGCUGCGCCCCGCUUGCCCCCCCGGCGCCCGGCGUGGAUGCGGGGCUCCGGGCGCCUCUGGCUGGCACCCAGGAGCGCCGGUGGCCCGCGGAGGAGAAGAGCAGGGCACCGGGCCCCCCCCGGCUGGCACCGGGCUGGGGUGGCGAGCGCAGGGGGGGGCUCGGCCGCACGGACAGGGGCGCACGGAGCUGCCCGGGCACCGCUGGCCCCUGGCCGGGGUGGGGCGGCGAUGGAGAGGCCCCUGGCAGCCGUCGGAGCCAGCAGCAGCCGGAGCCAAGGACGAAGCAGCGGAGCGCGGGCGGCCGUGCCCGGGGCAGGUGCGAGGGAUGCAGCCGCAUAGCGGUGCGGGCCUGCCCGCCAGCCCUGCGCCCCGCGCCCUGCCUCCUCCGUGCCCGCUCCGCAGCCGCUAGGAGCCAUUUUGUCUCUCCCCCACAUCCCCCCCUCCAACCCCAUCCUCUCUUCCCCCCCUUCCUCCUCCUCCUCCUCCCUCCGUCCCCUUUUGUGCAUCCCCAACUCAGCCCGAGCUGCCCCGGGCGCAGCGCUGACCCUGCCUUGCCAGGUAGGUGCCCGGCGCACACCGAGGGGGGGACCGGGGGGAGGGGGGGGGCUUUUGCUUUACUUCCCUUUUCUUUUUUUUUUUUUCAAUUUUCCCUGCCCCCCCUCCCCCCCCCCCGCUCCCUUCCCCCCCACCCCACACCCCGACCCCCCAACCAGCCCGGGAGAGAGGCGCGCGGCCGGGCCAGUUCUCCGCUCCGUGCCCACUCCCGGACGAUGGUGAAUUAUGAACAUGCCACAUCAUGAAGCUCUUGUGGCAGGUAACUGUGCACCACGCCUGCAACGCUGCCCUGCGCUCCGCCGUCUACCUCAUGGUGCAAGCGUGGGUUCUGUGUGCAGCCGCCGCCUCGGCCGGACCCCAGAACUGCCCGUCCGUCUGCUCCUGCAGUAACCAGUUCAGCAAGGUGGUGUGCACCCGCCGCGGCCUGGCCGAGGUGCCCCAGGGCAUCCCGUCCAACACGCGCUACCUGAACCUCAUGGAGAACAACAUCCAGAUGAUCCAAGCCGACACGUUCCGGCACCUGCACCAUUUGGAGGUGCUGCAGCUGGGCAGGAACGCCAUCCGGCAGAUCGAGGUGGGGGCGUUCAACGGCCUGGCCAGCCUCAACACCUUGGAGCUGUUCGACAACUGGCUGACCGUCAUCCCCAGCGGGGCCUUCGAGUACCUGUCCAAGCUGCGGGAGCUGUGGCUGCGCAACAACCCCAUCGAGAGCAUCCCGUCCUACGCCUUCAACCGGGUCCCGUCGCUGAUGCGCCUGGACCUGGGCGAGCUCAAGAAGCUGGAGUACAUUUCGGAGGGGGCUUUCGAGGGAUUGUACAACCUCAAGUACCUGAACCUUGGGAUGUGUAACAUUAAGGACAUGCCCAACCUCACGCCCCUGGUGGGGCUGGAGGAGCUGGAGAUGUCGGGGAAUAACUUCCCCCAGAUCAAGCCGGGGUCUUUCCACGGGUUGAAGUCGCUCAAAAAGCUGUGGAUUAUGAACUCCCAGAUCAGCCUGAUCGAGCGCAACGCCUUCGACGACCUCACGGCCCUGGUGGAGCUCAACCUGGCCCACAACAACCUGACCUCGCUGCCGCACGACCUCUUUGCCCCCCUCCGGUACUUGGUGGAGUUGCAUUUGCAUCACAACCCCUGGAGCUGCGACUGCGACAUCCUGUGGCUGUCCUGGUGGCUGCGGGAGUACAUCCCCACCAACUCCACCUGCUGCGGGCGCUGCCAUGCGCCCAUGCACAUGCGGGGCCGCUUCCUGGUGGAGGUGGACCAGACCUCGUUCCAGUGCUCGGCGCCCUUCAUCAUGGACGCCCCGAUGGACCUCAACAUCUCCGAGGGGCGGGUGGCCGAGCUCAAGUGCCGCACGCCGUCCAUGUCCUCCGUGCGGUGGCUGCUGCCCAACGGGACCGUCUUGAGCCACGCGUCCAACCACCCGCGCAUCUCCGUCCUCAACGACGGGACCUUGAACUUCUCGCACGUGUUGCUCACGGACACGGGGGUCUACACGUGCAUGGUGACAAACGUGGCGGGCAACUCCAACGCCUCGGCCUACCUCAACGUGAGCACGGCCGAGCUCAACACGUCCAACUACAGCUUCUUCACCACCGUCACGGUGGAGACCACGGAGAUCUCGCCCGAGGACAUGUCCCCCAAGUUCACCAAGCCGGUGCCGACGACGUCCACCGGGUACCAGCCGGCGUACACCACCACCACCACCGUGCUCAUCCAGACCACGCGGAUGCCCAAGCAGGUGGCGGUGCCCACCUCGGACACCAACGACAAGAUGCAGACCAGCCUGGACGAGGUGAUGAAGACCACCAAGAUCAUCAUCGGCUGCUUCGUGGCCGUGACCCUCUUGGCGGCUGCCAUGUUGAUUGUCUUUUACAAACUCCGCAAGAGGCACCAGCAGCGCAGCACCGUGACGGCUGCCAGGACCGUGGAGAUCAUUCAGGUGGACGAGGACAUACCCGCGGCGGCGGCAACGGCGGCUCCGACCGGCGGCGUAUCAGGUGAGGGGGCCGUUGUGUUGCCCACCAUUCAUGACCAUAUUAACUAUAAUACCUACAAACCCGCACACGGGGCCCACUGGACAGAAAACAGCCUGGGGAAUUCUCUCCAGCCCCCGGUCACCACUAUCUCUGAACCUUAUAUAAUACAGACCCACACCAAGGAGAAAGUGCAGGAAACUCAAAUAUGACUAUUUUUUUCGGUUUUUUUUUUCCCCAGGAAUUAUUAUUAUUAUUAAAAAAAAAAGGCAAUAGAAUGCACAAAACCGAACAAACAAAAGACAGAGCAACUUUUGUACAGAGCUGGGCGGGGAGGGGGAAGAGACUUUUUUUUUUUUUCUUGUAUAUGCUUACAUAUUAAAUCUAUGGGCUGAUAAGAGAAGCAGAUUCUAUUAAAAUUUAAAAGACAAAAAAAGAGAAGAGAAACUAUUUUCUAACUUGGAAGUUCUAUUUAAAAAGAUUAAAAAAGAGAGAAAGAGAGCGGGGAAUAUCAAUUAAAAUCUUUAAGAAUCAUAAUUCAUAAAAACCAUAAUCAUGGUUCUUUAAGAAUCAUCAUAAUUUUGAAACAAAAAACAAAAACCAGAGCAAAAGAGCAGGGAAAAGAUGCCAUCGGGACUUUCUGGAAUCUGUUUCAACACCGACGAUCACAAUAAAAGGAAAGGGGGUGGGUGGGGGGAUUGUUAAUUUUUAGCCGAUGCUCUAUCGAAUGCAGUAAAACCGCCCCGUUUAUAUAGAGACGGUCUUUCUUAAACCCGGUAUUUGCCGAUUUCUGUUCUUUAAAGGGGUCAAAAAAGAAAAAAACAACCCAACCAACACGGAAGUGCACCAACCAUUUGUACUGUGCCAAAAGGUUACCUACCAAUGCAAUAAAGGCUCGUUUUUGUUGGGGGGGGGGCGGGGGGCCGGGAACGGAGCAAGGGAGAGAUGAUUAAAAAAAAAAUUAAAAAAAAAA